CUUCCGGCGACAUCCAAGCCGGCGGCUCGCUCGGGUGGUCGCGCGCGAGGGACGGAGAGAGACGGAGCCCGACGCGCCCCCCGCCCCGCCAUGGCCUCCCUCCUCAAGGUGGACCCGGAAGUGAAGCGCAAGGUCGACUCUUUCAGGGAGCGGAUCACAGGGGAAGCUGAAGAUCUUGUAGCAAAUUUUUUCCCAAAGAAGCUUUUAGAACUCGACGCUUUCCUCAAGGAUCCUAUUUUGAACAUUCACGAUCUCACUCAAAUCCACUCAGAGAUGAACCUUCCUGUCCCUGACCCAAUUCUGCUCACAAACAGCCAUGAUGGACUGGAUGGGCCCAAUAUGAAGAAGAUAAAGCUGGAGGACUGUGAAGAGACUUUCCAGGGUACCAAAGUCUUCGUUAUGCCUAAUGGGAUGCUGAAGAGCAACCAGCAGCUUGUGGACAUAAUUGAGAAGGUGAAACCUGAGAUCCGGCUGCUGAUUGAAAAGUGCAACACGGUCAAAAUGUGGGUACAGCUGCUGAUUCCCAGGAUAGAGGACGGCAAUAAUUUCGGUGUUUCAAUUCAGGAAGAGACUGUCGCUGAACUUCGUACUGUGGAAAGUGAGGCAGCCUCAUACCUGGACCAGAUCUCUAGAUACUACAUCACGCGGGCAAAGCUGGUCUCUAAGAUUGCAAAAUACCCCCAUGUGGAAGACUAUCGCCGCACGGUGACUGAGAUGGACGAAAAGGAAUACAUCAGCCUGCGGCUCAUCAUAUCGGAACUGAGAAAUCAAUACGUGACUCUGCAUGACAUGAUUCUGAAGAACAUUGAAAAGAUCAAGCGACCCCGAAGCAGCAAUGCAGAAACCCUCUACUGAGC